AUGUCACAAAGUGUCAAAAGCAUUCAAACUUUCCAAAUAUUAUAAUUAUUCAACUUGAUUUUUGUCCGUAAAUCAUGUUCAGUUGGCUGGGUAAAUUACCCGACCUCCAGCCAGAAAUAUAUGGCAAUGUGGUGGAUGGAUUGAAAAGUAUCUACAAGAAUAAGUUAUUGCCCUUGGAGCAACAUUAUCUAUUUAACGAAUUUCAUUCUCCACCAUUGAGCGAUGCAGAUUUCGACGCCCAACCCCUCAUUCUCCUGGUUGGACAAUACUCCACCGGAAAAACCACUUUCAUAAGAUAUCUGCUUGAAAGGGACUUCCCUGGCAUGAGGAUAGGGCCGGAACCGACCACAGACAAAUUUAUUGCUGUAAUGUAUGGUGAAAAAGAUGCAGUCAUUCCAGGAAAUGCUUUAGUAGUAGAUCCAAAGAAGCAAUUCAGACCCUUGUCAGCUUUUGGAAAUGCAUUCCUCAACAGAUUUCAAUGUUCGAUGUUAAAGUCACCAGUUCUUAAAGGAAUGACUAUCAUAGAUACUCCAGGAAUUUUAGCAGGUGAAAAACAGCGUAUAGACCGCGGCUACGAUUUCACCGGAGUCCUCGAGUGGUUUGCCGAAAGAGUUGACCGAAUUAUUUUGCUCUUUGACGCUCACAAGCUGGAUAUUUCCGACGAGUUCCGUCGUUCCAUUGAAGCGAUCCGGGGUCACGACGAUAAGAUUCGGAUUAUACUCAACAAGGCAGACAUGAUAGACCACCAGCAACUUAUGAGAGUCUAUGGGGCAUUGAUGUGGUCCCUGGGAAAAGUACUGCAAACGCCAGAAGUAGUUCGAGUUUUUAUAGGAUCUUUUUGGAACGAAGUCUUGAGGUACGACAUCAACAGGAAAUUAUUCAAUGACGAAACUCAAGAUUUAUUCAAGGACUUUCAAAGUUUACCGAAAAACUCGGCUCUGAGGAAAUUAAACGACUUAAUCAAACGCGCCCGCCUGGCCAAGGUACAUGCAUUAGUAAUAGCCGAGUUAAAAAAAGAAAUGCCCAUUUUCGGAAAGGACAGCAAGAAAAAGGACCUAAUUAAAAACCUCGAAUUUGUUUAUGAAAAAAUAAAGAGGGAACAUCAAAUUUCUAUUAGCGAUUUUCCGGAUAUUGUCAGGAUGCAGGAAACAUUGAUCAAGUAUGAUUUCAAUAAGUUUCACUCCCAAAAAUUCAAGUUGUUGGAGGACGUGGAUCAGAUGUUGUAUAAGGAUGUUGCAAAAUUAAUGUCUAUGGUACCUCAUGAACUGCCAUCAGUAGUAGAGGUACGUGGCGGAGCGUUCGAAAACGUAGAGGACAAACUCACCCCUUUCGGAUACAGGAGCGGCGAGGGUUGCAACGCAGGUUACGGCGAGCCCGAAUGGAUUGUUAACAAGGAACGGGCCUCGUAUGAUACGCUGUUUCAGAAUCUGAAUCCGGUGGAUGGUAAAUUGUCUGGAGCCUGUGUAAAGGCUGAGUUUACAAAAUCAAGGCUACCCAAUACAGUGUUGGCGAAAAUUUGGAAGCUCGCAGAUGUCGACCAAGAUGGAUCAUUAGACGUAGACGAAUUCGCUUUAGGAAUGCACUUAAUCAAUGUUAAAUUAAAUGGCUCCGAUAUACCCCAUGCUUUGCCGGAACAUUUGGUACCACCGAAGAAGAAAGACAAAUGGCUAAGAAUGGAAAAAUAUGAGGAUGCAGUCGACACAAAAUGAUGACAAUAUGUUUGGAUAAUAAUUUUAAUUGGAAAAAAAUUGAAAUAACAUACACAAUCUUUUAUCAAAAUAAUCUUUACAGU